AUGAAAUGUUUAGAUGAUAAUCCAGUUCUUUUUGUAAAAUUCCAAGGAGAAGCAGCAGAUCAGCACUUGGAAAUUAGUGACUUCUGCAUCAUCAUAAUGACAAAUGUUCAAAAGCAUAUGCUUUUAAAGUUUGGAUCCGAUAGCAUAUGCAUCGAUAGCACACAUGGGACUAAUGCUUACGAUUUUCAAUUAUCGACAGUUUUAGUCAUAGACGAGUUUAAUUCAGGAUUUCCUGCUGCUUUUUGCCUAAGCAAUAGAGUAAAUUUAGGUUCAAUGCAAAAAUUUUUUCAGUGUAUUAGGGACAAAGUUGGACUGCUGUCUGUAAACUGCUUUAUGAGUGAUGAUGCACCAGUAUAUUAUACUGCAUGGACAUCAGUAAUGUGUGAUGCCAAAUUUAGGAUUCUAUGCACCUGGCACGUUAAAAAGGCAUGGCUGCAAGCAGCAAAUUCAAUUAUCCCCUCAAAGCGAAAGGAAGUUUUGAAAUUUUUAAAUGUAGUAUCUGAAUGUCAUGAUAUAAAAGAAUUUGAAGCACUGAUAUCUGAUUUCCUCAGCAAACUCUUUGCUGAUAGAGAUACAGACAAGUUUGCUAAUUAUUUUGCUUCAAAUUAUGCAAACAGAUGUGAGUUGUGGGCUAAAUGUUAUAGAAAAAGAUGUAACAUCACAACUAACAAUCAUCUUGAAGCACUGCAUCGAGUUUUAAAAUAUUCUUAUCUUGAUGGAUUGAAAAACAAGAGGGUUGAUAGGUGCAUUGCGAAGCUUAUUAAUAUGGUGCAAGAUAAAUGGUUCCAGAGAUUUAUCAAAACAACAAAAGGGCCAAACACAUCAAAGAUCAACCAAACAAAUUUACGACACAACAGAGCAAUAAAUUUUCCAGCUAAUAAUAUCACAGAAAUCAAUGAGUUUUCUUGGCAUGUGAUUUCAGAAAGUGACCCUACUCUUGAAUAUACUGUUACUCAAAUACAUACACAAUGCAUUAAUUGUAACAUUGUUUGUAAAUGGUGCAAAAUUUGUAACGAUGCAUUUGUAUGCACAUGCACAGAUGCCACGAUUAAAGGAAGUGUCUGUAAACAUAUACAUGCAAUAAUUUUAAAGACAAGAUUACCUAAUAGAGAACAGUCCAGCUAA